AACCGAAAUCAACGUCUUCCUGUCUUCGUUCUACGCAGAAGGGCAAACGGAAAAGCGAACAACACAAAAAAGCGACGAACCAACGAUCAACACCGCGGAUGAUGGUUAGCAAGGUCAGCAUCCGCACCGAUAGUCGUCAUCCGAACGGCGGAAAGGUGGUGAUGUAACGCAAGUUUGGAAACGGAACACACACACACAUCACAUCAUUACACGGAUGGACCGUGAAAAGCAUAGUGACACCCGGUACGCCGGGUUAGCCGGUGGACUAACGGGCUGCAUAACACGCUUCAUCUGUCAGCCGCUGGAUGUGCUGAAAAUUCGACUACAGCUGCAAGUGGAACCGAUCAAAGCCGCUUCCAGCCACUCCAAGUAUCGGUCGAUCGCACAAACCGUUGCCUGCAUCUAUCGGGAGGAAGGGCUGCUGGCAUUCUGGAAGGGUCACAAUCCGGCACAGGUCCUAUCGCUCGUGUACGGCGUGGCGCAGUUUUCCUUCUACGAGCGGUUCAACCGAAUACUGCGCGAUCUACCGCUGCUGGAGGGACACGACCAGGGCCGGCAGUUUCUGUGCGGUGCGUGCAGUGGUUCCUUUGCCGCGCUUACCAUUAUGCCGCUGGAUGUGAUACGUACGCGGCUAGUUUCGCAAGACCCGGGCCGCGGGUAUCGGAAUGCGCUGCAAGGAUUGGGUGAAAUCUACCGCCACGAAGGUGUGCGUGGACUGUACCGUGGUGUUGGUCCGGCCAUGUUACAGAUUGCACCACUCGCCGGUGGUCAAUUUAUGUUUUACAAUUUGUUCGGUACGCUCGCGAAGCGUUUGGAGGGUUUACCGGCCGAAUCACAGCUACCGUCCGGCGAGCUGUUUGUCUGCGGAGGAUUGGCCGGAUUUUGUACCAAGCUGCUCGUUUACCCGCUAGAUUUGACGAAAAAACGGCUACAAAUACAGGGCUUUGCCCAGAGCCGGCAAACGUACGGACAGCACUUUGUCUGCCGGCAUAUGUUUCACUGCCUGGUGCAGGUCGGACGUGGUGAAGGGCUGCGAGGACUGUACAAAGGGCUGCUACCGUCGCUGCUUAAAGCCGGCUGCACAUCCGCCUUUUACUUUACGAUCUACGACACACUCUUGCUGCUGUUUAACAGCGAACGAAGCUUUAAAUAAUGUAAAUAUAAAAGCUAAUACCUAGCUACAAUAAACAACGUCGCCUUUAUUUAGGGACGGAAACGGAA